AUGGAUUUCUCCAUUUUGAGGCUCUCCAUGGCUGUCCUAUUCAUAAUUUUCAGUACUCAAAUGGGUAUUUGUUACAGCGACAUAUUCCCAUCGCAGAAUUUCAUUUCGUGGAGGGACUUGAGCAUGGAUAAGUACUUGGGGAAGUUGAAUUUGAAUAACAAAGCUCAAGGCCGAGUCAUCGUAGUAGCGAAGGAUGGGACGGGGGAUUCGAGGACCGUCCAAGGUGCGGUCGACUUGGUUCCAGAUGGUAAUAAGGAGAGGGUGAAGAUCUUCAUAUUACCAGGGAUUUACAGGGAAAAGGUGAUCAUUCCGGCCACCAAGCCUUACAUUUCACUUAUUGGGAAUCAAAGCUACGAAACGGUGAUUUCUUGGAAUUCCAAAGCUUCCGAUAGGAGUUCCGAUGGGAAGAUUAUUGGGACAUUUGCUUCCGCUUCCAUUGCUGUUGACUCUGAUUACUUUUGUGCUCGAGGGAUCACUUUCGAGAAUACAGCUCCACGUGCACUGCCAGGAGCGAAUGGGAUGCAAGCAGUCGCAUUGAGAGUAUCGGGAGACAAAGCCAUGUUUUAUAGUUGCAGGAUCUUGGGGUCACAAGAUACGCUGUUUGAUCACAUAGGAAGGCAUUACUUCUUCAAAUGUUACAUUCAAGGAUCCAUUGAUUUCAUAUUCGGGAAGGCAAGAUCGCUGUAUCAGGACUGUACUCUUCAUGCAAUCGCGGAUAGUUAUGGAGCGGUCGCAGCUUCUCAGAGGAAUUCAGCAUCUGAAAAUUCAGGAUUCUCUUUCAUCAAUUGUGAUUUGACUGGGUCCGGGAUCAUUUACUUGGGAAGAGCCUGGGGCAAAUAUGCAAGGGUAGUCUAUUCCUUCUGUGAUUUGGAAGGCAUCAUAAUCCCACAAGGGUGGAGUGACUGGGGAGAUCCAUCAAGAAGAGGGACCGUUUUAUUCGGCGAAUUCAAGUGUAAAGGAAGAGGAGCCAGUUCCCCGGGCAGAGUUCCAUGGGCCAAGUCACUCACUUAUGAAGAAGCAAGACCUUUUCUAGAUAAGAAAUUCAUAGAUGGAGAUCAAUGGCUGAGGCUGUAA